AUGCUUUCUAAACGAACCCCCCAAACCCCAGAUAACUUCUCCAGAUACCGCGCAGCGAAAGCGUCGACGGCACGGCCCCGUCGAGCACGAGAGAGCUCGUCUACCACUGGCAGCAGCUCUCGUUCUCGUCAUGCGCCCGUCUCUGAGCGGAGACAAAGAUUGGCCACCCCUCCAGAUUCAACCACACCGACAAAGAAACCAACAUCACCAGUAAUCAUGCUCCGCGUAGGUCCAGAGCAGCGCCUCUUUGCCGCCCACGAAUCCAUCCUCAGCGCAUCGCCAUUCUUCGCCGAAUACUGCGGGCCCCAAACUCCCAGCCCACUAGCCCACCUUGCGCCGCACAUCCACCACCCAGCAAAACGCAUCGAGCUCCCCAACGAAUCACCAGAGGUCCUCUCCGCUAUCCUGGAAUUCCUCUAUAAGGGCGAUUACUACCCGCGUCUAAGACACAAUGCACGGCGCCGGACCUGGGAGCUGGAAGAUGCGCGCGCGGAUGGGAAUCCCGGUGCAACAUUUCAUCAUCAUCGGGGUGGGGUGAUACUGCGUGAUACUGCUAUCUACUGCGCCGCAGAAAAGUACAACCUACCCACCCUGCAACGCCUCGCGCUGCGCAAACAGGGUCUGCAGACCGGCAUCGACUGCAGUACUAUCCUCGCCAGUGCGCGAUAUGCGUAUGCGAAUACGCCUGAGACGGAGUCGAAGCUACGAGCGCAUUAUCUCGCGUUGAUCAUUCGGUCCCGGAGUACGUUUAAACGGAGUGGGACUAUGCAGGUUGAGAUGGAGCGUGGUGGGCGCUUGUUCUUUGAUCUAUUCGUUGCGAUGUGCAAUAAUAUGGAUGACGAUUUGGCAUCGGAGUUGUCGGUUUAUAGUGGCUCUUUGCAGCGAUAG